AUGCAACAACAACAUCCAAAACGGGAAGAAGCUUGCAAGAGAGAAACAGUGAACCACGGAAUUGUUACCUGGGCUGGGUUAAAAUAUCUCUGGGCCGGGUUUCACAACACUGUUUCUAGUAUUGAGGAAAUAAAUAUUCACUUUUCUCUUUCUCAUGCAAUUAAAACAGCUAAGCAAAAGAACCCUAGACGUAAACCAGUAGCAUUAGUCUGGUGA